AUGACGCCGCUGUCGACGCGGAGCUCGACGAGGGAGGACCUGGGCCGCACGCGGUCGCAGAACGGCUACGGCGUCGAGGACGAGCGGGACGGCGAUGAUGCCGCGGCAGAGGCCGGGGCGCAGCCGGAGAAGGAUCCGUUCGAGGUCGGGUGGGAUGGCGGCGACAACGAUCCGCUGUGUCCCCGGAGCUUCAGCAAGGCGCGCAAGUGGAUGAUUGUGCUGAUAUGCGCGGUUGGCAGCUUUACAGUAACAUGCGCCAGCUCCAUCUACACGUCGACUUACACGCAGAUGGAGGCCGAGUUCCACAACGCGCGCGAAAUCUCCGACCUGGGCCUGUCGACGUUCGUCCUGGGCAUCGCCUUCGGCCCCAUGCUGCUGAGCCCCCUGAGCGAGUUCUACGGCCGGCGGCCCGUCUACCUGGUGUCGUGGACCAUGUAUGUCAUCUGGCUGGUGCCCUCGGCCGUGGCGCGCAACGUGGCCACCAUGAUAGUCGCCCGCUUCUUCGACGGGCUGGCGGGCAGCGCCUUUCUGACCGUGUCGGGCGGCACGACGGGCGACCUGUUCGCCAAGCACGAGCUGCAGCUGCCCAUGGCCGUCUUCAGCAUCGCGCCCUUUAUCGGGCCCAGCAUCGGGCCCUUUCUGGGCGGCUUCAUCAACUACUUUACGCACUGGCGGUGGACGUACUACGUGCUGCUCAUCUGGGCCGGCGUCAUGUGGGUGGCCAUUGUCCUCCUCGUGCCCGAGACGUACCACCCCAUCCUGCUCAGGAACAAGGCCCGCAAGCUGCGCAAGGACACGGGCGACGACCGCUGGAUGGCCCCCUCGGAGAAGUCGACCAAGACCGUGUCCCGGGCCAUCCUCGUCUCCCUGCAGCGGCCCUUCCAGCUGCUCAUCUUCGAGCCCAUGUGCCUGCUGCUGUGCCUCUUCUGCGCCAUCCUGCUCGGCAUCCUCUACCUCUUCUUCGGCGCCUUCCCCCUCGUCUUCUCGACCAACCACGGCUUCAAGCUGUGGCAGAUUGGCCUGACCUUCCUGGGCAUCGGCGUCGGCAUGGUCGUCGCCAUGCUGACGGACCCCGUCUGGCACCGCAUCCGCCUCCGCCUCAUGGCCAGGCUGGAGCGCGAGACGGGCGUCCCGGGCGCCAGCGAGCCCGAGUUCCGGCUGCCGUCGGCCAUCGCCGGGUCUGUCCUCGUGCCCGCGGGCCUCUUUAUGUUUGCGUGGACGACGUACUCGUCGGUGCCCUGGAUCGUGCCCAUCGUUGGAUCGGGCUUGUUUGGAAUGGGCAACCUGCUCGUAUUCUCCGGCAUCUUUACGUUUCUGGUCGACGCCUAUCCCAUGUACGCGGCCAGCGCCCUUGCCGCCAAUGCCUUUGUGCGCUGUUCGUUCGCAGCCGUGUUUCCGCUGUUUGGCACACAAAUGUACAACACGCUCGGCUUCCAGUGGGCGUCGUCGCUGUUGGCGUUUCUGACCUUGGCCAUGGUGCCGUUUCCCUACCUCUUCUUCAAGUAUGGUAAGAAGAUUAGGACAAGGAGCCGAUAUGCCAAGUCGUAA